AUGCAAAUCAAAGUUUAUGAAGACAAAAUAUCUAAGCAAGCUGAAGAGUUGAACUUAAAAACAGGAGCAAAUAAGGAAAAUAUUGAAAAAAUUUCAAACCUUCAAAAUCAAUCCAGCAACCUUAAAAUCCAACUACAACUAGAAAACGCAAAGCUUCAAAAAUUGUCCGACGAAAACUCAAACUUAAAACUUGAAAUGCAAAAGAUUGAAGUUAAGAAUAAACAACUUGAAAGUGAACUCAGUUUAUCGAACUUUAAAUCACAAGAUGUAGAAAGUUGCAGAAAAUCAAUUCUUAAUCUACAAGAAAAUCUUAUAACAGAAGGAACAAAGCUUCAUAUCACAGAGAGGCAACUUAAUGGAGCAAAAGCUGAUUUAAAAAAAGUUCAAAGAGAUCUUAAAUUUGAGAAAAAUAACAAUGCACAAUGUGAAAAUAAAUUAAAGUUUAAUGCCAAUAAGUUCGAUACUAUGCAAAAGAAUUUAAAUAAGACAAUUGAGAGUCUUGAAGAUAAUUACAAAAAUUUAAAAGUCGAAUUCCACAAUCUACAGAAAAACUUAUCAGAUAUAACAUUAGCUUAUAAUUCAACCCUAUUACAAUUGGAUCAAACUAAGGAAUUUGUUCAAAAUCUCAAAAACCAAUUAGAGAUGAAUGAACAAAAAUCAAUAACAACCAUCCAAAACCUAAGCAAUGACAUUAAAACAACCAAAGAAGAGUUAGAAAACUUCAAAAAUAAAGCAAAGCAGUUGAAAAUGAAGGUUAUAGAAAAGGAUGGACAUAUCAAUGACCUCACGAUUUCCAACAACAAAAUUUUGAAUAACGUGAGGGACUUAAAAGAUAAAUACGAUAUUUUAAACCUUGAAUCAAAUCAAAAUAUCUUACAACUUAAUCAACUGAAUAAUCAAACCACGAAGAAACUUCAAGAAUCUCAAAACAAAAACAAUCUUCUUACUAACCAGCUUAAAACUAAAACAGAAUUAUCACAAAAUUUACAAAAAUCGGUUGAUCAGAAAUCAAGAGAAGUUCAAGGUUUGCAAGGGAUUAUUAAAAAUUUAAACCUUAACCUUCAGGACUCUAGAAAUCAUUCAAAAUUCUUAGAAGCUAAUUUCAGCUCAACAGUGGACAAUAUAACAACAAAAAAUGCUAAGGAAGUUGAAGAAUAUCAAGCGAUAAUCACUAAUUUUACUGAAGUAUCAGCAGAACUUCGACAGAAUAUCAUAGAUCAUAAAGAUACAAUCAAGUUGAAGGAAUUAGAAAAUUUAAAUCUUUCAAGCAUAAUAACUGAUAAGUCGAACCAAAUUUCAUCAUACGAGAACCAAGUACUGACACUAAAUCAAGAGCUCAAAGAAUCUAUUGCAAUAUCUGAAGAUUUAAGCACAGAGCUUAAAGAUACGACCGCUGAACUUGAGAAUCUUAAGAUCAUAAAAACUAAAUUUGAAAACAUAAAUCAAAUUCUCAAUAAGGAAGUUGAAAUUGUCAAUGUUGAUUUCUUAAAGUGCAAAAGUCUUCCUAGAUACACUUGGAAUAAUCAUCCGAUAAUGUUUGUCUCAAUUCCAAUAAUGUGCAUCCUUACAAUCAUUGACAUUUGUGCUAGUUUAAAAUGCUUUCGUUAA